UCAGAAAAUAUCAUUCAUUUUCCCGGAAAAUUUUUAAAAAGAAAAAGAAAGGAAAGAAACAACUGUCUCUUUUUUCUCUCGUUGAUUGAAAUCUCAGCCGUUAAUCUUCUCUGUUCGGAUUGGGCCUCCGUCGAGAUCGCGCAAUCAUGGAGGUCCGGCCCAACCCCACCGCCGACAACUCCCCCGCCACGCCGCCGGCGCAUCGCAACCGUCGAACGCCCGCCGUUUCGUCGAAGCAGCCGCUCGCUUCUCCUCACCCCGUUGACACCACCGCUGUUUCUCAGAGACUCCAGAAGGAAUUAAUGGCUCUCAUGAUGACUGGAGGAGAUCUUGGAGUAUCAGCUUUUCCUGAGGGUGAGAGUAUUUUUACAUGGAUUGGCACAAUUGAAGGUGGAAAAGGGACUCUGUAUGAGGGUUUAUCUUAUAAACUCUCCUUGCGUUUCCCCCUGGACUAUCCUUUUAAGCCACCCCAAGUGAAGUUUGAGACAAUGUGCUUUCAUCCAAAUAUCGAUCAGUUUGGCAACAUUUGUCUGGACAUCCUUCAGGACAAGUGGUCUUCAGCAUAUGAUUGCAGAACCAUUCUUCUAUCUAUUCAGAGUUUAUUGGAAGAGCCUAACCUGGAGAGUCCUCUAAACAGCUAUGCUGCAGCACUUUGGAAUGAUAAGGAAGAUUACAAGAGGAUGAUCCACAAACAGUAUUUUGCUGGAGAAGCACCUGAAAGUUGAUUGAUACAAUUUCAAAGUGAGACCAAUUAGUUUCCUCGCUGUAGUUGUAAAGGUUUAUCUGAAGAAAACUUCUGCUGCUUAUAAAUACAUCCAUUUUUCUUUUGUAAUUUGCUUUGAUAUUGUAACCUGAAAGCUGAAACUACAUAGUCCUCUGGAAGUGUUCUGAUAACUUUCUGUCAAAAGUUAUAACAACAUUCAUUUCAUAAAUCAUAAAUGCAAAAAUUACUCA